UAGACUAACUAACUGAGUUAACUAGUUUUUCUCUAUCUCCUCUCUCCAGUGGUUGGUCCGACCAUCGAGCCCCCGGUGGUAUCAAUCGUCCUGAUCAGCCUGUUGCCCUUACUGGUCCUAGUGGUAGUAGUCAUCACUAUGUUCUAUUGGUACCGAGUCCAACGCCAUCGCAAACUCAGCCAGGAACAGUGGGACAGCAAGAAGUCCAAACGCAAGGGCAAAGGUCUGGACUGCAGCAUUAUGAUGGACGACGAUGGAUCAGACAGCAGCUCAACGCAUGCCAACAACCUCAACCACAACACUGAACCCCUACCCAUCGAGCUGGACCUGCAGGUGGGUAAGGGGCGCUUCGCUGAGGUGUUCAAGGCCAAGCUGAGGCAGCCCGGCUCCUCAUCGGACCAGUAUGAGACGGUGGCCGUGAAGAUCUUCCCUGAGGAAGAGUACGCAUCGUGGAAGAACGAGAAGGACAUCUUCUCUGACAUCAACCUUCGCCACGACAACGUCCUCCACUUCCUCACAGCAGAGGAGAGAAAGAUGUCGAAGCAGUACUGGCUGAUCACAGCCUUCCACCCCCGAGGAAACCUUCAGGAGUACCUGACCCGUAACCUGGUCUCCUGGGAGGAUCUACGGGGUCUGGGCUGGUCCCUGGCCUGCGGGGUGGCACACCUUCACAGUGACCACACGGCCUGCGGGCGGCCCAAGGUGCCCAUCGUACACCGCGACCUGAAGAGCUCUAACAUCCUGGUGAAGCAGGAUCUCACCUGUUGUCUGUGUGACUUUGGACUGGGGCUCAGACUGGAUAACACCAUGACAGUGGAUGAUCUAGCUAACAGCGGACAGGUGGGCACAGCCAGGUACAUGGCUCCUGAAGUGUUGGAGUCCAGGCUGAACCUGGAGAACAUUGAGUCAUUCAAGCAGACAGAUGUCUAUUCUAUGGCUCUGGUGUUGUGGGAGAUCACCUCCCGCUGUCAUGCCAUCGGAGAGGUGAAGGACUAUGAACCUCCAUAUGGCUGUAAAGUUCAGAUGCAUCCUGGUGUGGAGAGCAUGAAGGAUCACCUCCUGAGAGACAGAGGAAGACCUGAGAUCCCAGACAGCUGGAUCAACCACCAGGGCAUAGCCAUAGUGUGCGGCUCCAUAGAGGAGUGUUGGGACCACGACCCGGAGGCCAGGCUCACAGCCCAGUGCGUGGCCGAACGCUUCAGCGAGAUAGAAGACGAGAUGGAGAAACUGUCCAGCCGCAGCAGCUCCGACGAGAAGAUACCAGCGGAGGAACAGAAGAUACCGACAAGACCGGAAGAAGAACAACAGACGAUAGCAGAGCAGAUAGAAGAGGUGAAAGUAGCGGUGGAGAGCUCUGUGAGCGAUGAGAAGUGAGGGAAGGGAGAGAGGACAUGGAACCCAGGACUAGAAUGUCAGUAUGUCACAAACACACCACUCACGUUGUUAUGGGAACUAAACAGCCACACCUGGAAGAUAGCCAGGACAGUGAAUGUACUGUAUUACUGUACUGUACUGCUUAUACUCUUCAGUAUUGGAUUACCAGAAUGCAUACAGUAUUUAUACUGUGUAAAAUAAGUAUGUACAGUUUACAGUAUUUGGAUGUACUGUACUGUAUUAUAUUGGAGGUUUACCCACCGAAGAGGACAGGACAUGACAAUGGCAGAGAUUAUCACCAAAGACUGAGAUUACAGGACAUGACAAUGGAAGAGUUUAUAACCAAAGACUGAGAUUACAGGACAUGACAAUGGAAGAGUUUAUAACCAAAGACUGAGAUUACAGGACAUGACAAUGGCAGAGAUUAUAACCAAAGACUGAGAUUACAGGACAUGACAAUGGCAGAGUUUAUAACCAAAGACUGAGAUUACAGGACAUGACAAUGGCAGAGAUUAUAACCAAAGACUGAGAUUACAGGACAUGACAAUGGCAGAGAUUAUAACCAAAGACUGAGAUUACAGGACAUGACAAUGGCAGAGAUUAUAACCAAAGACUGAGAUUACAGGACAUGACAAUGGCAGAGAUUAUAACCAAAGACUGAGAUUACAGGACAUGACAAUGGCAGAGAUUAUCACCAAAGACUGAGAUUACAGGACAUGACAAUGGCAGAGAUUAUAACCAAAGACUGAGAUUACAGGACAUGACAAUGGCAGAGAUUAUAACCAAAGACUGAGAUUACAGGACAUGACAAUGGAAGAGUUUAUAACCAAAGACUGAGAUUACAGGACAUGACAAUGGCAGAGAUUAUAACCAAAGACUGAGAUUACAGGACAUGACAAUGGAAGAGAUUAUCACCAAAGACUGAGAUUACAGGACAUGACAAUGGAAGAGAUUAUCACCAAAGACUGAGAUUACAGGACAUGACAAUGGAAGAGAUUAUCACCAAAGACUGAGAUUACAGGACAUGACAAUGGCAGAGAUUAUAACCAAAGACUGAGAUUACAGGACAUGACAAUGGAAGAGAUUAUCACCAAAGACUGAGAUUACAGGACAUGACAAUGGAAGAGAUUA